UCUGGGCUGGGUCUGCUUGCUGCUUACAAGGAGAGGCGCUCUUGUCUUCAUGGUGGUGCAGUGAUAACCUGAACAUUUUUUUUUUCUUUUCAUCCCUUUUCCCCCUGCUUUGCACACAAGGAAGGCUCAUGUCUUUCUCAUAGACAUGAUGAGCUUUGUGCAUUUAAGGACUUUCCUAUUUCUGGUGGUCUCGGUAGCUCAGGUUUUGAUUGUCAAAUGUCAAGACGGGAACAGUGGAGAUGACUUGACCUGCACGGUGGACGACCAAGUGUACACCAACAGGGACAUCUGGAAGCCAGAGCCAUGCCGGAUCUGUGUGUGUGACAACGGUCAAGUCCUGUGCGAUGAAAUCCAGUGUGACGAGCUGAGUAACUGUGAGAAGCUGACCAUCCCCGAGGGAGAGUGCUGCCCUGUUUGUCAGUCUGAUUCAUCUACCAACAGUGGGCAGGGCAGACAUGAGAUUGGCAGGAUCUACAAGGGUCAGAAGGGAGAGCCUGGAGAUGUCCCAAUUGUGACUGGGAUAAGAGGCCGUCCUGGACCAAUGGGUCCUCCGGGCUCACCGGGACAUAGAGGAGAUCGUGGACAGAAAGGAAGGCCUGGAUUACGAGGCCCUGCUGGUUACGACGGAGAGCCCGGCGUUCCAGGUCAGCCCGGUGAGCCCGGGCCUCCAGGACAUCCAACACACUCAGGAGUGCCAGGAGCACCGGGACAGGGUCUGGCAGCCCAUAUGGCAGGCGGGUUCGAUGAGAAAUCAGCAGGUCAAAUGGCCAUGAUGUCCGGAUCAAGGGGAGAAGCUGGUGCACGGGGACCUCCUGGGCCAAAUGGACAGCCUGGUCAGCCUGGACCACAAGGACCACCUGGAGAUGUUGGUGACCCUGGACAUAUGGGUACAUCUGGCCAAAGGGGACCUGAUGGACCUCCAGGAAAACCAGGUGAAGAUGGAGAAUCAGGCAAAUCAGGAAACUCUGGAGAGACGGGAUUCCCUGGCUCAGCGGGAACAAGAGGGUUUCCAGGGACGCCCGGGCCUCCUGGACUGAAAGGUCACAGAGGCCAUGGUGGACCCCCUGGCCAAAAAGGUGAAACUGGAGCUGUCGGAUCCAAGGGUGCUACAGGUCCCACUGGUCCAAUGGGAACGCCUGGACCCAGUGGCCCUGCAGGGAUGCCAGGGGAGAGGGGACGCUCUGGACCCAGCGGUGUGCCGGGUACACGCGGUCCACCUGGGAACAUCGGGAAAUCAGGUCCAAUGGGUCCCUUGGGUCUGAGCGGACCGCCUGGCUAUCCAGGAACCCCAGGAAUGAAGGGACAACCUGGCCCCACAGGUGUCCGUGGUCCUGAGGGCCCACAGGGACAGAGAGGAGAGACAGGCCACCUGGGGAGAGCAGGACCAGUUGGCCUCAGGGGACCCUUUGGUUCAGAUGGUGGCCCAGGUGCCAAAGGCCCAGUGGGUAAUGUUGGUCCACAAGGGCAAGGUGGCCAUCUCGGACCCCCUGGCCCACCAGGACCCCAGGGAAGCACCGGUCAGCCUGGUAUCAAAGGACAAUUGGGAGAUGUUGGUGUACCAGGAUUCAAAGGGGACGCUGGACCCAAAGGAGAACCUGGCCCCCCUGGCUCCCAGGGAGUGAUCGGACCUCAGGGUGAGGAAGGGAAGCGAGGACCACGAGGAGACUCCGGCUCAGUGGGCCCUCCCGGUCCUCUCGGCGAGAGAGGCGCUCCCGGUAACAGAGGAUUUCCUGGUGCUGAUGGACUGCCAGGACCAAAGGGUGCUCAAGGAGAUCGUGGAAUAUCUGGUCCAUCAGGGCCAAAAGGUUCUUUAGGAGAUCCUGGUCGUACUGGAGAGCCUGGUCUACCAGGUGCAAGGGGUCUGACCGGCACCCCUGGAGUCCAAGGGGCAGAGGGCAAGCCAGGGCCACUGGGUGCCCCAGGUGAAGAUGGCCGCCCAGGGCCCGCAGGAUCCAUUGGAAACAGAGGGCCUGCAGGAACCAUGGGAUUACCAGGACCCAAAGGCUUUAGUGGUGACCCAGGAAAGACAGGUGAACAAGGAUCUGCAGGAGUGCCCGGUCAAAGAGGUCCUCCUGGGAAAGAUGGAGAAGUCGGUCCUGCUGGUCCACCUGGACCACCUGGUGUUGCAGGAGACAGAGGGGAGCAGGGACCACCAGGCGUGAAUGGAUUCCAGGGUUUGCCUGGAAACCAAGGGCCUCCUGGAGAACCUGGAAAACCAGGUGACCAAGGUAUUCAUGGAGAACUCGGUGCUGUGGGUCAAAUUGGACCAAGGGGAGAGCGUGGAAUACCUGGAGAGAGAGGAGAACUUGGCCCAACUGGUCUUCAGGGACCCAAGGGAAUUCCUGGUGCCCCAGGUCCAGACGGGCCAAAGGGCAGCCCUGGUCCCCCCGGUGCGAUUGGUGAUCUGGGUCCUCCAGGUCUUCAGGGAAUGCCAGGAGAAAGAGGCAUCUCUGGCCCACCUGGGCCAAAGGGUGACAGAGGUGCAAUCGGUGAGAAAGGAUCAGAGGGUACACCUGGAAAUGAUGGUGCAAGGGGUGCCCCAGGCCCUCUCGGCCCUCUUGGACCUGCUGGGCCCAGUGGUGAGAAGGGAGAACCUGGACCCAAAGGACCACCCGGACCUCCAGGAUCUAGAGGAACACACGGUGCUAGAGGUGACCCUGGCCCUAUUGGUGCUGUUGGAUUUUCUGGACCCCCUGGUCCAGAUGGCCAACCAGGAGUCAAGGGAGAGCCUGGAGAGCCAGGUCAGAAGGGAGAUGCUGGGUCUCCAGGACCUCAGGGUUUGGCUGGUGCUCACGGACCUCCUGGGCCAAUUGGUGUUGCUGGACUAAAAGGUGGAAGAGGAACACAGGGUGCACCAGGCCCAACUGGUUUCCCUGGAUCAGCGGGAAGGGUCGGCCCACCUGGCUCAGCUGGUCCUGUUGGAGAACCUGGACCCCUGGGUCCCCCUGGAAAGGAGGGUCCUCCUGGUCUCCGUGGAGACAAUGGAUCCCCCGGAAGACAAGGAGAGAGAGGACCUCCAGGACCACCAGGAAGCCCAGGAGACAAAGGAGAUUCUGGAGAAGAUGGACCCACAGGUCCUGAUGGUCCUCCAGGUCCAGCUGGAACUACAGGACAGAGAGGCAUUGUGGGACUUCCUGGCCAGAGGGGAGAGCGUGGAAUGCCAGGGCUUCCAGGGCCAGCGGGUCCACCAGGAAAACAGGGAAACCCAGGAGCACCUGGAGACAAAGGCCCCCCAGGCCCAGUUGGUGUUCCUGGCGCUAACGGACCUCGUGGCGAUCCUGGUCCUGAUGGGCCUGCUGGAUCCGAUGGCCCACCGGGCAAGGAUGGCGUUUUGGGGCAAAGGGGAGACAGAGGAGAUCCUGGUCCUGAGGGUUUGAUCGGUUCUCAGGGACUUCCUGGCUCUCCAGGUCCUGUUGGUGCACCAGGCGGUGCUGGAAAGAGAGGAGAUGCUGGCUCAAGAGGACCUGUUGGUCCACCUGGCUCAGCUGGAAAGAGAGGAUUAACGGGCCCUCAAGGACCAAGAGGAGAUAAGGGUGACCUGGGAGACCAUGGAGAGAGAGGGCAGAAGGGACACCGUGGCUUCACCGGUUUGCAGGGUCUUCCCGGACCUCCUGGUACAACAGGUGAGCAGGGCGCACCAGGAAUCAUUGGACCAAGUGGCCCAAGGGGCCCCCCUGGACCAAUUGGGCCUCCAGGAAAAGAAGGAUACGUUGGACAGCCAGGGCCGAUGGGACCUCCUGGAACACGUGGAAUCACUGGUGAAAUUGGACCAGAGGGCCCCCCAGGAGAGCCAGGACCCCCAGGCCCUCCUGGUUCCCCAGGACCCCCCACGGCAGCUAUGGACGACCUGUUUGGCGGACCUGACGAUUAUGACUCCGGCCCUCCACCUCCUCCAGAGUUCAGCGAGGAUGAGGCUCUGCCCAACAGCAACGGGUCCACCAUAGUGCCUGUGGACCCUGGGGUUCAGGCCACCCUGAAGGCCCUGAGCAGCCAGAUCAACAGCAUGAAGAGCCCAGAUGGCAGCAGGAAACAUCCUGCCAGGACCUGUGACGACCUGAAGCAGUGCUACCCCGCAAAGAAGAGCGGUGAAUACUGGGUAGAUCCAAACCAAGGCAGUGCAGAAGAUGCAAUCAAAGUGCACUGCAACAUGGAGACCGGAGAGACGUGCAUUUCUGCCAACCCAUCCAGCAUACCUCGUAAAGCGUGGUGGAGCUCUUCCAGGAACAAGCCUGUGUGGUUUGGGGCUGACAUCAACAGUGGAACACAUUUCGCUUAUGGCAACAAAGACCAGCCAGCAAACUCCGUCACGGUCCAGAUGACAUUCAUCCGCCUGCUCUCCAAGGAGGCAUCCCAAACCAUCACCUACCACUGCAAGAACUCUGUGGGCUACAAGGAUGAGAAGACUGGCAACUUGAAGAAGGCUGUACUCCUCAAGGGCUCCAAUGAUCUGGAGCUUAAAGCAGAGGGAAACAGCCGGUUCAGAUAUACCGUGGUGGAGGACACUUGCUCGCAAGCUAACGGCAACUGGGGCAAGACAGUGUUUGAGUACAGGACACAGAAAACAGCAAGACUUCCCAUUGUGGAUGUUGCCCCUGUGGACAUAGGUGGCCCAGACCAAGAGUUCGGGAUUGACAUCGGGCCUGUGUGCUUCUUGUAAAUCCAGCAGCAGGGAUGUAUUGAAGAGAAUCCUGAGACUAUUGAACUGACAGCUGACGUGAUCAGCCACAUUGUACAUACAAGUACUGAGAACUAUUGUGGCCCUGUGGCAAGAUAUUUAUUGUGCCUUUCAAAUGAUUUCAAGACAUCGAAGAUUUGUAAGGUAGAUGAAUGUUUGAAAUUUACAUAAAACAAUUGGUAAAAAUCAGAAUCAUUCCUUUGUCUUGUUUUAAAUGUUUGACUUUAAGCUUCAAGCAUUUUGAGGCUAACUAUACUUUGGUCCAAAGAGCUUACCCAUUAAUGGCAAGUUGUUAUUUCACAAAGGUCAAGGAAGCUACCAAAGAUUUAUCAAUAUGAAUGCUUUAAAAUGAUAACUCUAACUGCUGUUCAUAGGCCCGGAACAAUCCCACAAAAUCAAAUGAUUUAUCCCCAACACUAUGAUCUACUCCUUUUCAUAGAUUUGUCUAUUUUCUUUGUUAUAACACGUGUUUGAAUAUAAAAUGAAAGUUGUGGUGCUAUUGAGGAAAUGAAUACAGCUGAUGAUGCGUUCAUUGGCAUAGGUAUUUUCUCUGUUUCUCAAGACAGUUUUGAUAAAUCUAUUUCUGUAUCCAGUUAUUUUAACUCUGUACUGACCACAUAGAACAUUAAAGAUACAUUAAGACUGUCGAUUCCUCAGUGUUAGCUACCUCGUUUCCGAAACUGAGAUACGAUGACAUUACAUGUAAAUCUUUUUCACAGGUGCUGUUUUGUAAGUAGUGUGAUCUGCAUGCACUUCUCCCCGCUACAUGUUAGGGCCGGGUUGGGGAUGCCAAUAAAGAUCUUUCUGUCAAUUUUGGCGAGGUGAAAUUGGUGUUGUGUGAAUGGUGUGCAGUAAAUUGUAAAAUCUUUCUUCAAGGAUUGCAAUAAGUUACGGUAACCCUAGCACAGAAUGUUAUAAUCUUAUGCAUGUCAGUUCCCCCCUUCUCAGUAUCCUGGAUUUAUAUGCUCUUGAAAUCCUUUUAUAACAACUUUUAAGAAUAAGGAGGCUUUGGCUGCCUGUCUGCUUUAUGUAUUUCUUGCUAUGCAAAAAAUUAAACAAAAUGCUUGUUUAUCCCCAAAGUUCUUGUCAUAUUAAUUCAGGUUUUAUGAGGUUAGGUUUUAUUGGGUUUUAGGUUUUAUGUUUUUGCACACUGACAUUUUGUGGAAUGAAAGCCUUUAUUUCUGUUCUUAAAAUAGUUUUGCAAUUGUGUUUAAUGUGAGCUGUUUGUAUUAGUCUUACAUUUGAAUGUGCUUUACAUAGUUCUAUUGUGACCGUUUGGUUCAGAUUUCUUUUGUUUGAGGCAACGUGAUUUGAAUGAGUAUAUUUAUUAUAGAUUUCAAACGUGUACAUAUUCUCUUUUCCACGGCUUAACUGCCUGCUAACACCCCAGAGGCAGAGAGGAGGGGACUUUCCAUACUGGAAGCACAUGA